AUGAAUACAUGUGUGCGUGUACGUAUGCCAGAGUCUAAUGCAUACACGCGUUGGUAUGCCUUCCCUGGUGGCAUCUUCGGCGAUGAACCCGUGUCCAUGUUCAUUUCUCGAAACUUCCAAGACGGUCAUUCUGUUAACUUCGAGACACGCAUGGGCAAGCUGCUGUACAUUUUAGGCAUGGUCAUAGCAUUUUAUAAAUAUUGCAUUGCAAAUUUAGGCUUUAAUAUUAUUAUGGCCUAUUGUCGACUUGAAGUGUACGAGCCCAGAGACAACGCGACGCUCUGGGACAAGUUCCACCUCAGCAUCUCUCGCGACGAGCUCUACGCCGCCGACGACCCCGCCAUCAACAAGCUCCUGGAACAAGUCAAGACGCUCAAGAUCAGUCAUAUUACCCAGAAGGAGGGCGGGACGCAACUCAAACUCCUCAUCGAAUUUUCCAACGGAGGGAAUGCGCUGUUCAAGCCCAUGAGGUUCCCCCGCGAGCAGCAGACGAUGAAGAACCACUUUUAUUUCACCGACUACGAGCGACACAACGCAGAGAUCGCAGCUUUCCACUUAGACAGGCUGCUAGGAUUCCGCCGCGCCGCCCCAGUCGCCGGCCGGACCGUCAACAUGACUCGGGAGCUCUAUGCACUCGCCCAAGGAGACCUUCUCAAGACGUUCUUCAUUUCUCCGGACGGGAACCUCUGCUUCCACGGAAAGUGCAGCUACUACUGCGACACGAGCCAUGCCAUCUGCGGGAAUCCUGACCUGCUGGAGGGAUCCUUUGCCGUGUUCCUGCCGCCCAAGGAGCUGGCGCCGAGGAAGGUCUGGCGUCAUCCUUGGAGGAGGAGCUACCACAAGCGGCGGAAGGCACAGUGGGAGAUAGACGACGACUACUGCCAGCUGGUGAAGGAGGUCCACCCGUACAACGAGGGCCGGAGACUUCUUGACAUCAUGGACAUGUCGAUCCUGGACUUCCUCAUCGGCAACAUGGAUAGGCAUCAUUAUGAGACGUUUAAGGUGUUUGGCAACCGAACGGCCCCCAUUCACCUGGACAACGGCCGCGGCUUCGGCAAACCUUUCCACGACGAAAUUUCGAUCCUGGCGCCGCUGUAUCAGUGUUGCCAGAUACGACACUCGACGCUUUCUACUUUAUUGAGAUUCCACACGGGCCCCAUGCGUCUGGGUGAAGCCAUGCGAGUCUCCAUGUCCGUGGACGCCGCCGCCCCCGUCCUUUGGGAGCCCCACCACGUCGCCCUGGACAGGAGGCUGGCCAUCAUCCUGCAGACGGUGCGGGAGUGCGUGGAUAAGGCGCAGGAUCCUAUGGCUGUUAUCGUUAAUGAUCAUCAUUGAAGGAUAACGGAGGGAGGGGUGGGAGGUUGAGGAGG